GGAUAAGCACACACUCGGCUGAGGAUGCAGCUGGGAGCAUGAGUUCUGACCGAGAGGAGUAUGACAUGGUCUGUCAGAAAGCUGUGACCCUAAUUGUUGACCUUUGCCUGCACAACAGCUCACUGUUGGACCAGGACACCUGUCAGGAUUACCUCUUCCUGUUGUCCACCCACAGCUCUGACCACAAAGAAUUGGACGCUUCUUUUGGCCUCCUGUUCGUUGUGUUUGUGGUCUGUGGCCUGGCUCUGCUAGGCCUCCUUACAUUCGUCUCCUGGAAGCUGUGCCGUGUGCCUUGGCGAGCUAAGGCCCGUUUCCCCAGCCCAUCCCUCACCGCGGCCUGUGACCCAGAGGACUGCCCACUCCAGUCGCCUCCCCUUCUGCCCAGCCCCCAGCAGCAGCCACCGGUCACCAUGGCGACAGAGAAGGUGAAGGACCCCAUGGGUUCGAUGGGUUUCCUGGAGGCGGCGGUGAAGAUAAGCCAUACAUCUCCCGACAUCCCCACCGAUGUGCAGCUCUCCAUGAGGGAGCACUUCCUGCGCCGCACACAGCGCAUGCAGAGGCAAACCACUGAGCCAACAUCCUCCACUCGGCACAAUUCAUUCAAAAGACACCUGCCCAGGCAGAUGCAGGUAGGCAGUCUCGAUCUGGGAAAUGACUACGUGGUGGACAAUGAUGAAAAGCCCACCGGCAUCGGCCGCAUCCAGCCAGAGCUCUACCAACAGAAGGACCUGGAAUCAGAGGAUUCAUCCAAGAACGGCAGCAGCAAAAACUGUGGCAGGAUUAACUUCUCUCUCAAGUACGACUACGAAAACGAGGCCCUCAUUGUCAACAUUCUCAAGGCAGCAGAUCUACCAGCCAAGGACUUGUGCGGCACAUCUGACCCUUACGUGAAGGUCUACCUGCUGCCUGACCGCAAGAAGUUCCAGACUCGCGUCCACAGGAAGACCCUCAACCCCACAUUCAGUGAGAGCUUCCAGUUUCCUGUGCCUUACGAUGAGUUGGCAGUCAGGAAGCUCCAUAUGAGCGUCUUUGACUUUGACCGGUUUUCGCGGCAUGACAUGAUCGGGGAGGUGGUGCUGGACAACUUGUUUGAGAUGUCGGACCUCUCCAGGGAGACCAACAUAUGGAGGGACAUCCAAUAUGCCACCAGUGAAAGUGUUGACCUUGGGGAGAUCAUGUUCUCACUAUGCUACCUGCCCACCGCAGGCAGACUCACACUUACUGUCAUCAAGUGCAGGAACCUCAAGGCCAUGGACAUCACUGGAUACUCAGAUCCCUACGUCAAAGUGUCGCUCAUAUGUGACGGGAGGCGUUUGAAAAAGAAGAAGACGAGCAUAAAGAAGAACACUCUGAAUCCCACCUACAACGAGGCCAUCAUCUUUGACAUCCCGCCAGACAGCAUGGACCACGUCAGCCUGCACAUCUCUGUCAUGGAUUACGACUUGGUAGGUCAUAAUGAGAUCAUUGGUGUGAUGAGGGUUGGAUGCCAUGCCGAGGGACUUGGCAGGGACCACUGGAACGAGAUGCUGGCUUAUCCACGCAAGCCCAUUGCACACUGGCACCCCCUGCUGGAGUCCAAGAAGUCUGAGAAGGAGUGGAAGGCGAGGACAGCCAGCUUUGACAGCCAAGGCUCCUGCCCCUCACCCCGGCCCCCUGCUAGUCCCUGAGCAGAGCCACCUGUGACCCAGCAGCCCAGAAGGGGGUUUCCUCCCUCCUGCUGAUCCACUUCCUGUCUGUCUGAUUGAGGAGAAACACAACCCCACUGUCUCUCCCUCCCUCUCUCACUGUCCCUCCCUUCCUCAAGUCUGGUCCCAGAGCACUCCAAAGAACUGAUCUAGGACCACCGUCAAGUCGGUUAGUUGUGUGAAGUGCAGUCUUUUCAGGUUUUAGGGUUUGAAGUGUGGGUGUUGUGAUGACCCAGAGCUGUCCUGGUUGUCCUCAGAGGAGACUGGCUGGACAUCCGGUGUGCAGACAUUUAAUAUGGAGCUGUCCGAGCUGAGGUGGACGGAUCUCAGUGUCCUCACGUGGACACUUUCCAGACGCUGAAGAUUCAGCUUUGUGCUGCAGAGACUCUUUGAUGGAGAGCAGCGGAAGUUUCACAGAGUGGCGCUGAGGACUCGGCCGCGGUAGAAAAGAGGCUUUAACUGGAUCUGAAGCGAUUUCAAAAACUCUCCGGCUCUCUCUCGUUGAAUUUUAAAGUGCUGUAUUAGCAUAAAAACCAGACUGAACUGUAGCAUUUUGGAACUAUUAGAUGUUAAACUGCUCCAUUCGUCGUUAUUGUUUGUGAAUAGCAAAACAAAUGAAUUUCAAAGCUCCAGCUGAGUUCACUGUACUUCAAGUUUCAUCAGUAACAUAAGCAAUUAUCUGAUCUGUAGCGAGUUGAAGGGAAAAUAUUCUCAACCUGGCAAUUUGCAGUUUUAGUGUGUUUUCACAAGCAGCCGAGACGAGACGUUUUAUGUAAUGAAGACGAAGCAACAACAGGAUUAUUGGUUUUCACAUGAGAGCAAACUGACGAUAGUGAUUUCACUUCUAUAACAAAUUUUUAAUUUUCGAUACAAGUAUAAGGUUAAAUUACCUGCCAAAGGCACAAAUGUCUCAUUAAACACAACAAUGACUCAGACAGAUUUUACAGUUCGGAUAAACAUUUUGUCGAUGGCGCUCUGAAGGUGGUUUCUGCAAACAGGGAAACUGCGAGCACACUUUACACUUCCUUACCUCUGUCUCUGGUGUUUGCUUUUGAGCAGCUCUCACCCUUUUCUUCCAAAUGAAACUCACACAAACGCUCAUGUUUUCCUGUUCGAAGCACUUCGUUGUCUCCUCUUGUUCUUUUUCUGAACAGGUUUCGGUGGAUGUGUAUAGUUUCAUGUACAGCCAUCUGUAUGUUUCAUUCUUUUUAAAGCCAGAAAAGAUACGAUAGGUGAAGAUUAAAAAAAAA